AUAUCCUUAGUUUACAGAAGACGCUAUUUUCUCUCUUGCCCGUGAAUUCUCAACGAAGAAGACGAAGACGACGACAGGAAAGGAUUUGUCUUUGUGCAGAUUUGUGAAUUGGUAGGGUCACCGCCGAGAAAAGAAAUUACUCUCCCAAACAAAACCAGAAUCAACGCAAUGCUCUCCUUGAAGGACAAGAUCUCCGACAAGCUCUCUCUCCUCUUGUCCGAUUCUCCAUCUUCUGCUCAUUCUCCCGCAGAUCAAUCUCCUCAUGCAAAUUCCAAGGAAGGAAGAACUUUGUCUUCUUUACUCUCAUUCUUCCUUCCAUCACAAUCUAAUGAUGCAUUCAGUUCUGACAAGCAUGGAGGAGAUAUUGAUAUCAUAAGCCCAAUUGAACCAAAACAUCAUAGAUGGGAUAGCAGAAGCUUAUCAAUGAACGAUAGACCUUUGGGAAGUAGUUAUGAGGAGCACGGGCUUGAGCGUAAAGACAAAGGAAAGUUAAACUCCAAUGAAGAUGAUCAAAUCCCUUUGUCUGAUGAGAAAGUAAAUGACGAGAAUAAGGGUACUUUAAGUCCACAAGAAGGAGAUGGAGAAUCUGAUAACACUGGAAGGAACUAUAUCGGCCAAGACAUAUUUGAGGAUGCAGUAGAUCAACAUAGUAUGGAGAAGACAAUGCCCUAUCUCACGGAGGACUCGUCCUUUAUUUCCUACGAACUAUACGAGUUUCUGCUAUCCUCAGUGCCCAAUAUAGUAAAAGGGUGCCAAUGGACUUUAUUGUAUAGCACGAUAAAGCAUGGAAUUUCACUUCGCACCCUUAUCCGAAGAAGCGCUUACCUUACUGGCCCAUGUUUGCUUAUUGUUGGAGACAAGAAGGGUGCUGUAUUUGGUGGGUUGAUAGAGUGCCCUCUUAAACCAACUUCCAAAAGGAAGUAUCAAGGAACAAAUCAAUCGUUUGUGUUCACAACUAUAUAUGGUGAACCAAGAUUAUUCAGACCAACAGGUGCAAAUAGAUAUUACUACUUGUGCUUGGAUGACUUACUGGCCCUUGGUGGUGGUGGGAACUUUGCAUUAUGUUUAGAUGGAGACCUAUUGACUGGAACAAGUGGCCCUUCUGAGACAUUUGGGAACUUAUGCCUGGCGCAUAGUGAAGAGUUUGAACUCAAGAAUGUUGAGCUCUGGGGAUUUGCUCAUUCAUCGAGGUACCUGACCUGAAGCGAGUGAUCGACAUUGGUACUGUGGCACUUUAUUCGAUUCGUUAUUUUCCAUUCCAUUUCAUUCAAUUUACAGAUUUGGUUUACCCAUUUCAUUGUUCAAUAUAGAAGGGCUAAAUCAAUUGCAGUUAAACUAAGAUAUUUUAUAUAUUGUUAGUUAAAAAGACUACAGAUUCUUUCUUUCACAGUAUUUGAUUCUAGAAUUCUUGUCAAAAGUGUGAUAAAAAUAGUGUUAUGUAUGCUGUUUGUACAAAACAUUUGAAACUUGUAUUUGUAAUUUGAUUUUUCUGUGCAAGACAUGCUUUUU